AUGUCCGCCGCCCGUGCAUUCCGGCCUGCGCUGGCCGCUGCUCGACGAACAGUAGCUCCCCGAACGGCCUUCCGAGGAUACGCUACACCUGCUGGUCCGGAUUCGAAGCCGCCGGUUGCACUGUUUGGUGUUGAUGGGACUUAUGCUAGUGCUUUGUACACCGCCGCGGCCAAACAGUCAACCCUCGACCCAACCGCCCGCGCCAUCGCCUCCCUCCUGCAAGUCCUCAAGAACGAGCCCCGUCUGCAAGGUCUCAUCGGCGCGCCCACCCUCACCCAAUCCGACAAGUCGCAGAUCGUGGCCGAGCUGGAGAAGCACACCGGCGGCGCUGAUAAGUCUGGCACGGUGAAGAACUUCUUAUCGACACUGGCGCAGAAUAACCGGUUGGGGUUAUUGCAGAGUGCGUGUGAGAAGUUUGGCGAGUUGAUUAGUGCUGGGAAGGGGGAGUUGGAGUUGAAGGUUGUUAGUGCGCAGGAACUGGACAACCGCACCCUCAAGCGCAUCGAGCAGGCAAUCAGCAAGUCAGAAUACAGCCAGGGCCAGAAGAUAAAGGUUACGCCAAAGGUUGACCCUUCGAUCUUGGGCGGAUUGAUCGUUGAGAUUGGCGAGCGGACGAUCGACACGAGCGUUGCGGCCAAGGUGUCGAGGUUGAACAAGUUGCUGCAGGAGAGCGUGUAG